UGAGCUUCUCGUUGAUAGCCGUCACAAAGUUUAAGUACUGUUAUGUUUAGUGUUGAAUGUUGCCGGGUGUAACUGAAACUUCUUAAUUUUUUAUGGCUGAAAUAAGACGACGGAAUGUUUAUAGGUCCGUUGACCUAAAUAAUUCUGGUAAUAACGUGGAUGAUGCUGUAGAAGAUGCUCAUGGAUGGGAACCGGUAUUUCGUUUUUCUCCUUUAAGUGGUUUCGUUUUACUUCUUAUAUGGAGCUCAACUAUUUUCACCAUUGGAUUGUAUUUCAAUGAUAAUUUGCCUACAACUGACUCAGAUGUUUUGACCAAGUUUGAUUUCAAAACGGAUAAUGUACUUCAAGAUCUUAAGAUAUUAGCUAGCUUUGGACCAAAAGUCACUGGCAGUCAUGCGAAUGAAUAUGAAGCCGUCAACUUUUUACAUAAUCGUAUCGUUGACAUUAAAACCAAUGGUGGAUCGGCCAAUGAAAUUUCUUAUGAUCUACAAAAAGUUUCUGGAAAAUUUCCUCUUACCAUUUUUUCAAAAACUUAUGUCGUUACCUAUGAAAAUAUCCAAAAUAUCGUAGUAAAAGUUGGACCGAGAGGGAUGUCCAACUAUAGUUUAUUAAUAAAUUGCCACUUUGAUUCUGUACCUACUAGCCCAGGAGCCAGUGAUGAUGGUUUAAAUUGUGCCGUGAUGCUAGAAAUGAUAAGAGUUUUAUCUUUGUCUCCUAAAAAAUUGCCCCAUAAUAUAAUAUUCUUAUUUAAUGGUGCUGAGGAAAAUCCGUUAAUUGGGUCUCAUGGAUUCAUAACUGAACAUAAAUGGGCUCAUGAAAUUAAAACAUUUAUAAAUUUAGAAAGUUGUGGUGCCGGAGGUAAAGAAACUUUGUUCCAAGCAGGACCAAACCAUCCUUGGUUAAUAAAGACAUAUGGAGAAGCUGCUAAAUAUCCGAAUGGGUUAGUAAUUGCUGAAGAAAUAUUUCAGAGUGGCCUGAUUCCUUCAGAUACAGAUUUUAGAAUAUUUCGAGAUUUUGGUCACAUUCCAGGUUUGGAUUUCGCUCACUGCAAAAAUGGUUAUGUCUACCAUACCAAGUUUGACAAUAUUGAAAGUAUAGAGUCACCACAUGGAGUUAUUAAACAUACUGGAGAAAACAUUUUAUCAUUGUCUAAAGCAAUAUUAAAUUCCAAGGAAUUUAUUAAUCCUGCUAGCUACCAAACUGGGAAGCAAGUUUUUUUUGAUAUAUUUGGUUUAGUAUUCAUUAAUUAUUCGGAGGAUUUUGCCACCUCAUUGAAUAUUAUCACAUUAUUUAUAUCAUUGUUGGGAAUAAUUCUCACCAUUUCAAUGCUGAAUUCUUCUGGCAAUAUUUUGGAAGUUCUUGUGAAAUUUUUGAUGACUUUGUUAUCUCUUCUGACGUUUCUGAUAAUUGCAGUUUGCUAUAAUCUUUUUAUAGCAUUCGCAAUUGAUUUUUUUGGAUAUUCUUUGAGCUGGUAUACGAAUACAGGACUUUUAAUUCUAAUUUAUGUCAUACCCUCCAUUUUUAUGAUGAUAAUCAAUACAAUUGUUGUUGACAAGUGGAUAAUGGGAAAUAUUGCAUUUAAUGCAAAAAUUCUAUUGUCUUGUUUGAGCAUUCAGUUGCUUUGGACACUGUUUCUUUUUGCUAGUUUUUUCUUGAAUGUGCGAUCAUCAUACAUGCUUAUGAUUAUCGUACUUCCAAACGCAUUAUGGACUCUAAUUACUGUAUUACAAAAAAGAGGAAAUCGCAAACUUUGGCAUGCUUUGUUUAUUUUAAUAUCAUCAUUUUCUUCCUCCAUGAUUUGUUAUAACGGCAUUACAAGUUUUAGGCUUUUUAUUCCAAUCACAGGCCGUAUUGGUGUUUCCAAGAAUCCAGAGUUUAUAAUAAGUUUGUUGGCAGCACUCCUAUCAGUUGCUGCUUUUAGUUUUGUUACUACUUUAUUUUUGCAUGUGAAAAAACAACGGGUGGUUUUAAAAAUUAUGUUGGGUCUUCAUUUGAUGUCAUUUUUAUUUGUAAUUUCACCUAUGGGUUUUCCAUUUUCUGUUGAAACACCACAGAGGAUAUUCGUAACUCACGUGAAUAGACAAUUUUUUAAUUCACAAAUGUCUACUGAGUAUUCUGAUUCAUUGUUUUGGAUUCAAAGUAUGGAAAGAAGAGGAUGGCAUUUGAUUCCCUUCUUACGGGAUGCCUCACGUCUUGAUGAAUUUUGUGAGAAAAAUGGAUAUUGUGGACUUCCUUGGUUUUCAAAAGUGAGAGAAAGAACUGGGAGUACCUGUAUUCCUUUUGCAUCCCAUGGAUUAAAGGAUGAGACUCAAUUGGAAAUUAUUUCAAAAGAGUUGAUUGGAAAGGAAUUUCAUCUUGAAUUUCAAAUCUCAGGUUCUGAUCAUAUGGGGCUGAUUGUUACCCCAUCUGAAAAUGUAACACUCCUUGGUUGGAAUUUACCAUCCCAAGUUACACAGACUUCAAACAUAGCAUCAUUUGUUCAAGGAAUCCAUAAUUCAUCACAAACUAUUGUAUUAGAGGCAUUAAAGGAUUCUUCGGAUUCAGUAAUUACAAUUGAAGUGUACAGUUUAUACUUCCACCAUCAGCAAAAUUAUUCAUCUGAUUUUCAUAAAUUUCUUAAAAAAUUUCCUAAGUGGUCUGAUGUAGUUCCUGCUCUGGCUACUUAUAAAUUAUAUCUAUUAUAAUGUUCAAAUUUAAUUUAUAAUGAUUCAGUUUUAGUUACACAUAUAUGUUUUUUUUUGUACUGUUCAUAAAAUAUAUUAGUUUAAAACUGAAA